ACGAGGACCGGACUUGCCUUACAUUGUUAACGUUGAUUUCUCCCGUUCACGCCAGUAUUUUUGGUCGCUAGCCGAAACCGGGAGGGGGGGUCCAGGGCGCCCCCACAAAACGCGUGAAAUCUCGAACAACGUUCUGGCAGCAGGACCGCACACCGGGGCAAAACUCUGGGGCCAUGAGGCGGAUCUCCGGGCUGUGACCCUGCCCGGACCGGAGGCUGCUGGUGGGGAUGGUGCCGCUGUGAAGAGCCCGGUGGUGCUGUGCUCUUAAUUUUUUUUUGCCGGAAAGGGACAUGCCUGCGGUCGGGGGGACGGGGAGGAAGUGCCUGGACACCAUGAGUAUUUUCAACCAAGACCAUGUUGAGGAUUUCUACGAAAUCGGGGACGAGCUGGGGAGCGGCCAGUUUGCUGUGGUCAGAAGAUGCCGGCACAGGGGCACGGGCGCCGAGUACGCCGCCAAGUCCAUCAAGAAGCGCCGCAGCAAGUCGAGCCGGCGCGGCGUGACCAGGGACGACAUCGAGCGCGAGGUGAACAUCCUGAAGGAGAUCCAGCACCCAAACGUCAUCACACUCCUCGAGGUGUUUGAGAACAAGGCGGAGGUGAUCCUGAUCCUGGAGCUCGUGGCCGGCGGCGAGCUCUUCGACUUCCUGGCCGAGAAGGAGUCUCUGAGCGAGGAGGAGGCCACUCAGUUCCUCAAGCAGAUCCUGGAUGGAGUCUUCUACCUGCACACCAAACAAAUCGCCCACUUUGACCUUAAGCCGGAGAACAUCAUGCUGCUGAACCGCUCCGUGCCUCACCCGCGCAUCAAGCUCAUUGACUUCGGCCUGGCACACAAGAUCGACUUUGGCAACGAUUUUAAAAACAUUUUUGGAACUCCAGAAUUUGUAGCUCCAGAAGUAGUCAACUAUGAACCUCUGGGCCUGGAGGCAGACAUGUGGAGCGUCGGUGUGAUAACCUACAUCCUUCUGAGCGGUGCGUCUCCCUUCCUGGGGGACAACAAGCAGGAGACUCUGGCCAACGUGUCGGCCGUGGACUACGCAUUCGACGAGGAGUUCUUCAGCAACACCAGCGCGUUGGCCAAAGACUUCAUCACCAGGCUCCUCGUCAAAGACCCCAAAAAGAGAAUGACGAUUCAGGACAGCCUCCAGCACCCCUGGAUCAAGCCAAAGGACACGCUGCAAGCACUGAGCCGGAAGGAGUCGGCCGUCAACAUGGAGAAGUUCAAGAAGUUUGCAGCUCGGCGGAAAUGGAAACAAUCCGUCCGGCUCAUCUCUCUGUGCAACCGCCUGUCCCGCUCCUUCCUGUCCAGAAGCAACAUCAGCGUGGCGCGCAGCGACGACACGCUGGAUGAGGAAGACUCCUUUGUGAUGAAGGCCAUCAUACACGCCAUAAACGACGACAACGUGCCCGGUCUGCAGCACCUGCUCGGCUCCUUGAACAGCUACGACGUUAACCAGCCCAACAAGCACGGGACUCCUCCCCUCCUGAUCGCUGCCGGCUGCGGCAACAUCCAGAUCAUCGAAGUGCUGAUGAGGAAAGGCGCCGAGAUCCAGGCCCACGACAAGAGUGGAACGAACGCUAUCUACUACGCGGCGAGACACGGCCACGUGGAGACCCUGAAAUUCCUCCAUGAAAAGAAAUGCCCUCUGGAUGUCCAAGAUAAGUCCGGGGAGACUGCGCUUCACGUAGCGGCCCGCUACGGCAACGUGGACGUGGUGAGCUACCUGUGCAGCAUCCGAGCUAACCCGGACCUGUCCGACAGGGAGCAGGAGACGGCGCUGCACUGCGCCGCGUGGCACGGGUACUCGCCGGUGGCCCGCGCGCUCUGCCAGGCCGGCUGCCACGUGGACGCCAAGAACCGCGAGGGGGAGAGCGCGCUGCUGACGGCGUCCGCCCGCGGCUUCGUGGACAUCGUGGAGUGCCUGGUGGAGCACGGGGCCGAUGUCGAGGCCACCGACAAGGACGGACACACAGCGCUGCACCUCGCCGUCCGGAGGUGUCAAGUCGACGUGGUUCGCUGCCUCCUCAGACACCACUGCCACGUGGACCAUCAGGAUCGCCAUGGCAACACGCCACUGCACAUCGCCUGCAAGGACGGAAACCUCCCCGUUGUCAUGGCAAUCUGCAGCGCCAAGGCCAACCUCGACCUCCCCAACAAGUACGGCAGGACCCCCCUCCACCUGGCGGCCAACAACGGGAGCCUGGAGGUGGUCCGUCACCUCUGCCUGGCCGGAGCCGACGUCGACGCCGUCACAAACGAUGGAAAGACAGCGGAGGAUUUGGCUCAGGCUGAUCCACAUGAACUCAUCGUUUCUUUGUUGGGAAAGCUUAAAAAGGACAACCACAAGCUGAGCUACAUCCAGCAGCUGCGUCACACUCAGACCGUCCAGCCCCGCAUCAAGCUCAAGCUGUUCGGACACUCGGCCUCCGGGAAGAGCAGCCUGCUGGAGUCCCUGAAGUGCGGCAUCCUGCGCGGCCUCUUCAGGAGGAAGAGGACGCGCCUGUCCAGCGCCAGCCGCCACCCAAACUCCCCCGUCAACUCCAAGCCUGCCGUGUCGGCGAGCAUCUCCAACCUGUACCCGGGCUGCGAGAACGUGAGCGUGCGGAGCCGCAGCAUGAUGUUCGAGCCCAGCCUGACCAAAGGCGUCCUGGAGGUCUUCUCCCCCGUCAGCGGCGCCCUGUCUGCGGCCGACGACCAGGCCACCAGGGCCAUCGACAUCCAGCACGGCAGCAUCCACGGGGUCGGCGAGUUCAGCGUGUGGGAGUUUUCGGGGAACCCGGUCUACUACUGCGCCUACGACUACUUCGCCGCCAACGACGCCACGGCCAUCCACCUGGUGCUGUUCAGCCUGGAGGAGCCGUACGAGACGCAGCUGGGGCACAUCACCUACUGGCUGAACCUGCUGAAGGCCCUGCUGCUGCCGCAGGACGACAUCGGUGAGCACUCGGGUCAGCGGUCACAUGUUGGGAUGCUUUCACCAACAGAGAAGAAAAGGAUUGCCUUCGGGGGGCGGGUCCAGCAGCCCCUCACCGUCGUCCUGGUGGCGACGCACGCCGACCUCGCCGACGUGCCCCGCGCCUUCUCCGGAGAGUUCACCUACGACAAGGAGGCGGCCCUGCUCAAGGAAGUCCGGAACAGGUUCGGGGUCGACCUGCAGAUCAGUGACAAAUUAUUUGUGAUGGACGCCGGAGCCUCGAACUCCAGAGACAUGAAGCUGCUGAGGAGUCACCUUCAGGAGCUCCGUGCCAACAUCAUCUCUAGCUGCAGCCCCAUGACGCUGCUGUCGGAGCGUCUGCUGGCGACGCUGCCGACCUGGAGGAAGCUGAGCGGACCCAACCAGCUGACCUCGUGGCAGCAGUUUGUGAGCGACGUCCAGGAGCAGAUCAACCCUCUGGUCAGCCAGGACCACCUGCGCACCCUGGCCCUGCAGCUGCACAGCAUGGGGGAGAUCAACAUCAUGCAGAGCGAGACGGUGCAGGACGUCGUCCUGCUGGAGCCUCGCUGGCUCUGCAGCACCGUCCUGGGCAAGCUGCUCUCCGUGGAGACGCCCAAGGCCAUCCACCACUACAGGGGGCGCUACAGGCUGGAGGAGGUGCAGGCUCUGGCUCCCGAGAGCGACGUGGACGAGCUGCUGCAGAUCCUGGACGCCAUGGACGUCUGCGCCCGCGACGCCACCAACCCGGAAAUGGUGGACAUCCCGGCCCUCAUCAAGACCAACGGCCUCCACCGCUCCUGGACCGAGGAGGAGGAGGAGGACUCGCUGCUCUACGGCGGCGUGCGCCUCGUCCCCGCCGAGCACCUCACCCCCUUCCCCUGCGGCCUCUUUCACAAACUGCAGGUGAACCUGUGCCGCUGGAGCCACCAGCAGAAGCCGGAGGAGGAGGGCGGCGAGGACUUUGACGGGGAGAUCCACCUGUGGACCAACGGCGCCAAGGUGAGCCAGGGAGGGGCGGAGGCCAUGAUCCUGCUGGUCAACCACGGCCAGGGGCUGGAGAUCCAGGUGCGCGGCCACGAGUCGGAGCGGGCCAAGUGCUACACGCUGCUGGACGCGGCCUGCAGCAUCACGGAGAACCUGCUGGCCUCCACGCUGCCCGGGCUGCUCACCGCCAAGUACUACCUGAGCCCCCAGCAGCUGCGGGAGCACCACGGCCCCGUCAUGGUCUACCAGCCCAAGGACUUCUUCCGCGCGCAAGUCCAGCGCGAGUCUUCGCUCACCAACACCAUGGGCGGCUACCGGGAGAGCUUCAGCAGCAUCCUGACCUUCGGCUGCGCCGAGGUCUACCAGCACGGCACCUUGGGGACGGAGGUGCACAUGGCGGACGUGCCGCUGCUGGCCCGCAGGAAGCUGUGCCGCAUGCUGGACCCGCCGGACGCGCUGGGCAAGGACUGGUGCCUGCUCGCCAUGAACCUCGGCCUCACCGACCUGGUGGCCACACACGGCAACGGGACUCCCAACGGCGCCCCCGGGGGUCUGGACGGCGCGACGCCGCCGGACCUGCGGGGGGCCGCGCCGCAGCCCAGCCCCACCGCGGCGCUGCUGCGGGCGUGGAGCGGGCGGGCGGACAGCACCGUGGGCGUGCUGAUGGCCAAGCUGAGGGAGCUCGGCCGGCGGGACGCCGCCGACUUCCUGCUCAAAGCGUCGCCCGUGUUCAGGGUCAACAUGGAGGCGCUGGUCGCCGCCGCCGCCACCACCAACGGCUACCCCCCCCCCGCCGCCGCCUGCAACGGCGGCACGUCGUACAACUCCAUCAGCUCCGUCGUGUCCCGCUGAGGUUGGGGGGUGAUGAGGCAUCGGGGGUGGGGGGGGCAGGUCGUGGGGGUUCUCCUGUCCUCGCCGAGCUUUGACGUUUCCGCGUCACGGCGAGCGUGGAGUGCAAUCGUCCAGCUGCUGGCUCCUUAAUGCGCUCCGUUAGGUUGCCGUGGGAACCAGACCUUUCCCUCCCGCUCUGCACGCCGUGGAGCCGACGGCCCCCAAAGAUGAAGCCCUGCUUUUACUCUGUUGUGCUGCUAGUUCAGAUUGUUUCCCCCAAGUCUCACUCGUCUUUCAACACAGACACUUUAAAUCAAAGAGAGGAAUUUAAAAGAAGAUGUUUGGACCUUUUUAUUAAAUAUCCAAAUGAUUUGCCGUGUUUAUUCACAGGUGCAUUUGAUACAAUCCCCCCCCCCCCGUCGACGCUUGGUGUUUAUUAGAUGAGCAGCGUGGCCUUCGACCUCCUCAAAGAGCACAAAUAAAAGAAAGCGCAGGUCUUUGCUAACGCUAGAAGAGCUGUGCCUUGUGGACACGUCACGGGGAAUCAAUUUCAGUCACGUCUUACAUGUAGAAAGCUGCUGAUGGGGGGGUCGAGGGGGGGGGGGGGGAUAAUAAAGCAAAACGAAGCGCUUCUUACGGUUAGAUUAGAUUUUACUGGAUGAUAUUUCUACUGUCGGCGUCUCUGUGGAGGUGAGACGCGACGCAUCGUUCAGGGUUAAAUGGUGCGUUCACACGGACGAUGUUCUUAAAGUGUUCACUCUUCGUUAAUCCCAAACUGCUCUAAUCUGGUGACACUUUAUUUUAUGUCAUAAGAGGCACCUGGAAAGAAGUGUAAUGGGGUCUUAAUUAUGGGUUGUUUGAAACUAGAAUAUCACCAGCAGGUAGAUGAUGUUUGGGAUUCAAUUCUAAACUCCAUAAAAUUAACAAUUUUUAUACUUGAUCUAGACGAGUAAAAUGUCUCUUUAAUUAUAUAAUUCUGAUUAGUUUGGACGACCAGAUGAAGACAUUUUGAAGACUUGACAGUAACAUAUCACUUCCUUAUCGAUAGCUAACGUGUCACUUUAAAAAUGUAUCGAUCCUUUUUACUUCUCCAGCUUUAGCCGUGAACAGAAAGGGGGAGACGCCCCCCCCCCCCCGAACCUUUUGUACCAAACUAAGGGGUCGUUUCCUACAUGGGGAUCUCUUUAAAUGCCUCCUGCUCGUCUUCGUUUGAGCGUCUCUGCGUCUCUGUCAGCGUGGCUUCACGUCUCCUUUCUGUUUUCUGUUUUUGUAUCACGCAGCAGCAGCUCGGAGAGGUGGCGUGAAGUUAGAAAUGAAAUCUGGGGGGGGGGGGGGGGGAUGAGGGGGUGGGGGGGGCUUUAGUGGACAUGAGAACGUCCUGUAGUGAAAGCUGGUGUUUUUAUGACACGCUGCACCGAGAGAACAAAGUGCCACAGUGCAGUAUUUCCCGUGAGAGGAAACUUUAAAUACUACUUGGAAUACUCCCCCCUUUGUGCGUCCUCGCCGCUUCCUCCGCCGCGUCGGCCCAAACGAAAAAUGAAUGUACGCCACGUCCCCGCUGACAAUGUAAAAGAAUAUAAACGCUCCACGUGUCCCCAAAAGGUCAAACGCAACGUUUUAUUUACGUUUUGUUCUACAGAAGCUUUUUGCCAACACUGUGUGCCUAAAACACACGGGUUCAUUCCUCUUGUUGUUGUUGUUGUUGUUGUUGCCUUGUACAGUAUACGAGCUGAGGAGAGAUGUUUCACAAAGGGAAGUGAAUAUUACGUUUUUGUAAAAGCUGGGAAUCACUAUAUUAUUAUUAUUAUCAUUAUUAUUAUUAUUAUUAUUGUUCUCAUCCUUGUGUCUGUUCGGUGUCUUUUCUUUCUGGUUCUGACCAAAAAAAACGAGUGGAUUUAAAAGUGUCCCUGAGGAACAUUUCUUUGAUCUCUGAUAUUUUCCCCUCCGAUCGCCACAUUGCACACCUUGUACCUUGUACCUUGUACCUUGUCUCUCUUUCUUUUUUUUGUCGCUAUUUAUGUUACGUUCUUUUAGCAUGUCCUGGAAUGCCAUGUUCUUAGUACUUCUGACACUCGAUAGUGUAACACAUUUUAUAAUAAAUUCUUUACCUGAAGUUCUCGUCUCUCUCAUAAUUGAAGGUGGUCACUCUGUUGAUUCUUGUUAAAGGGAAGGUUGCAGGUCUUUUGUUUGAAUCGUUUUCGCCACGUCGACAAAGUCAACAGAAACAUGUUUAUUUCUCACACAAUGGUUUACUUUUUCCUCUAUUUUCUUGUCUUCUUCCCACUUAAUGAUUUGUCAAAUGAAACCUAAUCAAUAAUUAGUCUAAGCAACCGGUGGCGAAUGUCACAUGACAAAAGUUCAAAGAUCCCAAAUGUUGAGUAAAAGAGACACGGAUCAAUAGGUCGAUCACUUUCCUUAUUCUCUGUACGAGGGAGCAACAAAACAACAUCCUGUUGCUGCUGGAUUAGAUUCUCAGUUCAUCGUCUUUGAUCUGAUGAAUAUCUACUCAAGCUAUCAUAUAAACAGCACGUAUUGAUCCUGCCGUUGGUGUUUUAUUUAUUUUAUUUUCACUUUAAACGAGAGCCAAUGACGUUCCCCGUGCGCUUUAUGAUAUUUUAGCAUAUUUUUUUACAAAUGAAAAAUGAGUAUAAUUCUCUUUUAAGUGAUUUUCUGUCAGACACUGAACUCUUUUCUUACUCUGCCCCGUAAAUAAAAGAUUUAAAAACCCUUUCAUUUUUCUUGCUCUUGUUUUAUAAGUAUUUACAUAUUAUUUGUUAUCUCGUACGUCUUUUGUCCUCCCUCCGCUCACAUGACUCGGCGUUGACAGUUUGACGUUUAACCCUUUUGUAGUUUGGACACUUAAAGGAUGACCCGUUAACGUGAAGACAUUGACCUCAAACAACAU